CACCGUUCGCUAAUCGCCGCCGAGAAAUUGGCCGGAACUGCACGGUUUUGCAUAUGUUUGACACAGUUUAAAAGAAGCUGUAUAUUCCGUUUCGGGUUACUGUAUAAUUCACUCCAAUUUUGCUCCACGAGUUUUAACUUCUAUCAGAGACGGUGUUUGCUGCAAUUGGAGACUAAUUUUGCUAUGGAUUCGGAGAUGGAAGUCGGCAGCAAGAAAUUCACUUACAAAAAUAGAUGCCGAGAGCUGGCAAUGUCGUCUUCGUUCUGCCGCAGAAUAUACACGGAGGUAGAAGAGGUUGGAUGGGAGCACCUUGUGAAAUUGGGGGAUGAUCUGACAUUUAUUAGGUUCCGUAUCAUAUGCUCUUAGUCAUGAUUCAUGAAUGGUACAUGUGCUAGGGACAAUAAGAGGAGAGCGCAUAUUCUGGAGAUAACCCUGGAUAAGACCUAUCCAAGGUCUCCACCUUCAUUAUCAGCGGAUGUGCCUUAUAAUUCUCAUCCGGAAUGGUCAUCAAACUCGAGAUUAAGAGAUGCUGUCCAGCAGUUUAAGAGGCAUGUGGAUAAGCUCCAGGACUUUUGGUUGACUUUAGAUGACAUUGAUCGGUCUUUUUGCGUUAUUGAUCCAAAGCACUCUCACCUUGCAGUGUCGUAUCGCCAGAUAAAAAUAGGAAAUGAUUGCUGUAUUGUACUAUCUAUCAAUGUCGAUGAUCCAAGAUCCUUGCCAGAAUGCCGCUUCCUUGGUUCAGAUACGGAAGUCAACAUUUUGAGAGAUAUUUGGAAGCAAAAUUGUAAGAAAUGGACAAGAGAAAAAUCAUGUCCUGAAAAUCUUCUGCAUAUAUUUGGAAAUCAGUUACCACAACCUUCACAUCUCCAAAAGAGUGAGGAGCAAGUUGAAUGUGGCAUUUGUUAUGCUCAAUACCUUCCGACAGAUGAUGAACUUGGUGCCAAGAGUGGAACUGCAACUGAUUAUUCAUGUGAAAAUGGGAGCUGCAAUCGAGCAUUCCACAGCGUUUGUCUUGGCGAUUGGCUCUGCUCUAUUACGACGACAAGGCAGUCAUUUGAUGUUCUGUUCGGGAACUGCCCUUACUGUUCAGAUCCCGUUGCAGUCAAACUCGGCAUGAAGAAGUAAAAUUUACUACUAUUACCCUAGAGCACAAAACACUGGUUCCUAUCUUAAGGGGGGGUGAAAGUGUAGAGAAAUAUGUGAAGAAUAGUCUAGUAAUUGCUCUUGUAAUCUAUGUCAGCCAUUGGAAAUGUGUGUUGAGAGAACAAAUCCCUAGUUUGCUUUACUAUAUGCAAAUAUGAUGAGUUUUGGUAUUGCAUGAGAAUCUCCGAUUAAGAUUUGGUGUGCAAUACUACAGCUGGUAGUGAUUGAUAUCUAGUCAUGAUUGGACCCACGCAAUGACAGAUUCUUCAUCCUACAAGUUGAAUUGCAACCCCUUUGGCUAUGGGGCCUCCCUC